UUAUUUUUGGCACAUAUCAGUACACCAGCACUGACAUCCCAUUCACUCUUUCUCUCUCAGUUAAUUCCCUACUACACCAGCACACGAGCACCUAUAGUUUCCAUCUCUUGCAAUUUUUUGAUCAAGUCUAGCCGGACCAAACCAACAAAAAAAGGGGUGUCACAGAAAGGGCAAAAUUUUGUGAAAGAAUGGGAAAUAGAGUUACUGUGCUAGAAAAUAGGACAUUGUACAAUAUUGAAAUUAGAAUGUGGGUUUACCCUGCUAGACCUGAUGAAUUCAAGAAAAUUUUGAGGAUCAAACCAGGUAGAUCCACAAGAAUAAUGGCCACAACCUUCAACAGCAGUAAUCAAGAUCAUGAUCACGGUGGUCUUGAAGAUGCAGUAAUGCUAAUGGUGUAUGCAAAUGGAGGUUGGACUCGUAGAUACAUCCUUCCUCUCCACUUGUUCGCUUAUGCGAAAGUCACCUGCGACAGAAACCAGCACGGUCAAGUCAUUCUUCGAGCCAAAAGGGCAAACUUCAACUUCUUCAGACUCAGGUGUUUUGCCAUGCGUCCUGCAAAAUACGUGGGAGUAGGAAUGAUUGAAGAGGACAUUUAGGCAUGGUCUCGGGGAAUACUUGACCAUGUUUGUUUUAUUCUCAAGGCUGUGGGAGGUCCCUUGAGAGGAUUGAAAUUUGUCUGGAAUUAAAAUUGUAUUCUACAGAAAUUAUAUUACUAAAUUCUAUAAAAUCCAAGUUCAUUUCCACGCAAAUUCCAAUUCUCUCAACACUCCAAACACAGCAGCAAAUUUUCCUUACCAUCCAUGUUUGUAAAGUGACAAGUACCAAGCAUACGGUUUCGAAUGUUCUGUCCCCAAAUUAGUCUCGAAAGUCUCAAAGACUACAUAUUUGGGGAUAAAGGGGAUGGAGACUAAUUUAAAGACAGAAAAUUCGAAGUCCAAGUAUACAUAUUUUCCUAUGGCGAAAGUCACAAAACUGCGACAAACUAGUGAUGUAGAUUUGGUUUUUAGAUGAUAUUGCUUAUUAAUUAUUGUCCAGUGGUCACGGAAGGGCUCACAGAGGCCUUCUCCUAGUCAGAUUUAGAGUUCAAAUUAUGUGUCUGGAAGUUAGGAGUGGCAAAAGUGUAGGGAGGGAUGGAAGGGUUUGAAAAAGAAAAUUUAUUAAUUGUUGAUGUAAAAUGGGAUUUCCUAUCAAUGUUAUUGUACUUCUAUCAUAAUUCCACAUUAGUUUCUUGUUUC